CUCCCUGUAGACUGGCGAGAGUCGAUCGACACCGCGCUCAAGCGCGAGAAACGGCACGCGAUGUAUUUCUCGCCGCCCUCACCGCCCCCGUCGCUACCGUCGAAGGACAGCAUGGAGUCCCUCUCGCACACGCUGGUCGAUGAGCAGCGGGACGCCACACCGCCGUAUGGCAACGGGCCACCGCACGACGACGGCCAGCCGAUGAUCCAGUGCGUGCAGCGUACACAGGCGUCGCCAGUGCUGCCCCGCCGGCCCAGCCAGAAAUCGUUGCCACAGAUCUACAGGCCUCCUACACCGCCACUCCCGGCUGAGUACCCUAAGCUUCGCCCUGCUGCACACGCAGGUACGAGUGCGGAGAGUGUCGCAUAUACGCUUCACAGUGGGCUCAUGUCCGCAGACUCGCGGCUAAAAGCUGCUCCGAGCCAACAUAUGUGUGCUGAAAAGGCCCGGCGUGCAGCAAGGCAUACCGACACCCAGGAGGCUCGCCGGCGUUGUGGACCUGCUGCAUCCGGCCAUGAAAUACCGGAGAAGCCGCUGCGGCCUGCUGGCGGGCCUCCCUGCUCUUACCGGGCCAGCGCGAUGUCCGCGUCGACGGCUGGCAACAGGUCGUCUUCGGGGCGCUCGUACUGUCCGGGCGACGUGUGCUUCAGCGUGUGGUAUGUCCUGAAGGGGUGGGGAGUUCAUGUCCGGGCAAAAAUAGGCCAUGCGGGGAGGUACUGACUGCCGCGGACUCUGGCUAUGAGAUCUUGAGACACGAAACCGCCCUCGAUGGGCGACUACCACAUACUAUCAUUAUACUUUGCGACUCGUUGCUUAUGGACGCUAUGCCGUGACAUUACGCAUAUAUGUAGCCUAGGUGUAUUUUGUAUAGUGCGCGCCCUCCACAUGUUUU